CUCGGUGCAGCCAAUCUGCUGUGUGGAGCUGAAGCUGGAACGAUGUCUGCCUGUUGUCUGCUGGUCGUGGCUGCUGUCAUAGGAGCUGCCUACAUUUUCCGUCAUAUUGUAGUGAAGGGAAAGAGAUGCACGAGCAAUGCAAAGCUGCAUGGGAAAACUGUGAUUGUGACUGGCAGCAACACGGGCAUUGGGAAGACCACAGCCAUAGAUCUGGCUAAAAGAGGAGCCAGGGUGAUUCUGGCCUGUCGCAGUAGGCAGAGAGGAGAGGCUGCUCUUGAGGAAGUCAAGAGGGAAAGCAAAAGCAAUCAAGUUGUGUUCAUGCCGCUGGAUCUGGGAAGUCUCAAGUCUGUUCGCAGCUUUGCUGAAAACUUUCUGAAGUCUGAGCCCAGAUUGGACAUCCUCAUCAACAAUGCAGGUGUUUACAUGCACGGUCGAACAGAGGACGGACUGGGAUUGAUGUUUGGCGUCAACCACAUUGGUCACUUCCUGCUAACCAACCUGCUGCUGCAGCGACUAAAGGAAUGUGGACCGAGCAGGGUGGUUAACGUGUCUUCACUGGGACAUAAUUUCGGAAAAGUUGAUUUUGACUGCUUGAACACCCACAAAGCUCUGGGGCUGGGGACGUCAUUUAGGGAAGUCUUCCAAACCUACUGUGAUAGCAAGCUGUGCAAUGUCCUCUUCACCCAUGAGCUGGCCAAGAGACUCCGGGGAACCAAGGUCACCUGCUACUCCCUCCAUCCAGGAGCUAUCAACACUGAGCUGGCCAGGAACACUAGCUCCCUGUUGCAACUGUGCCUGAAACCCCUCACUUCCUAUUUCUUCAAGAACACUGUCCAGGGAAGCCAGACCACCUUGCACUGUGCCCUCCAGGAGGGGCUUGAACCUCUCAAUGGGCGUUACUUCUCCAACUGCACUGUCAGAGAAGUCUAUGACAAAGCCAAAGAUGAUGCUGCAGCCAAAAAGCUGUGGGAGCUCAGUGAGAGACUGUGUGGCCUUGCAUGAAAAAGCUUUCCAUGACAUUUUUGACAUUGAGUUCUUAUUGUUUCCAUAAGAUAUUAAUUACAUGCAAUUAUUGUUGAGGGCUUUACCUGAUCUAUCAAAUGAAAAAAAAAAUAGCUGGCACUUCAACAUGAGACAACUGACAUAAGGACAAGAUCUGACAAAGCCUUCCCUGCCCCACCACUCCUCUCCUAAUACAACAGACCAGAAGAAUCUGUCUGACUACUACCAAAGUCAUCAUGACUCAGCAGUUUUGUUUGGUUCUUUUAAUAUUCUUUUUGGACUUUGCCUUUAUUUAUCAGAGCAGUGAACAGAGACAGGAAAGGUGGGAGAAGAGUGGAGAAAGACCUGCAGCAAAUGGCCGUUGUCAGGAGUCGAUCCCACGACCGCUACGUCUGGGACUGUAGCCCCUGUUUGUGGGUCGCCGACUUAUCCGGUUAAGCUCCUGGAGCGCCCCGACUCAGCAGUUUUGACAGGACUGUUCAGAUCUUUAUAUUUAACAUUAUUUUGUGUACUGUUAGCAUUAGAUUUGUACUCACAGAAAAGACUACAUUUGAUUAUGUAACAGUAUGUUUAGAUGUAAUAAAACCCAAGACACUAAGCUCUUUAUUUAUGCACUGUAUCUUCAAUUAUUAAUGCAACAUAUAAAUGAUCAAUCAGUUUA